AUGUCUGCUGACCCACGGCUGCGCGCGAGGCAGCAGCAGGAGCAGCAGCAGGGGCAGCAGCCUACUCCUACUGCUGUUCCUCCACCGCCGCCGCCGCCAACCGAACGCGAUUCUAUGGGUAUGGACGGCAGCAGUGACGCGCACGCAGAGCAGAACAUGGUGCCUGAUGAUGGCUUCAAGCUCAAGUUCUGCACUGUGUGUGCGAGUAACCAGAACCGCUCGAUGGAAGCUCACCUCCAGCUUGCCUCAGCGCACCUUCCCACUAUCAGCUUUGGUACUGGCUCUCUCGUCCGCCUCCCUGGGCCGACCAUCACGCAGCCCAACGUCUACCACUUCAACAGCACCACCUACCGCGCCAUUCAUGAUGAGCUCGCCCAGCAGAAUACGGCCCUCUAUACCCAUAACGGCCUGCUUAACAUGCUUGGACGCAACUUGAACAUCAAGGGCUACCCUGAACGUUUCCAAGAUUGGGUACCUGGCAAGCCGCGUUUAGACCACGCAGAAGACAAAGGCUCACAAGGCACGGAAUCUGGUGUCGUCGAUGUCGUUAUAACCUGCGAGGAGCGUUGUUUUGAUGCUGUGCUAGAAGACCUCCAUAACAAGGGUGGAAAGCUCAACCGACCUGUUCAUGUCUUCAACGUUGACAUUAGGGACAAUCACGAGGAAGCCCUCGUUGGUGGUAAAGCCAUUCUCGACCUUGCGCUCAGCUUGAACGAAGCUGCAGCUAAAGAAAGAGAACAAUAUGGCGAAAGUGGAUGGCAAUCAGGUGGCGGAGCUGCUCGCUCUGGCUUCGACGAGCGUGUCCCUGACAUACUUGCUACCUGGCAAGAGCGAUGGCCCAACAUGCCUGCGCUCUGGAGUUUGGCUUGGUUCUAG